AUGCUAGUUUUACCACAGGUUGAAAGGCCAAGACCGGGACCUCAAGAAGCAGGUGUUGGAGAUGGAAGCAGGGGUUUUCAUGUCCCGUUCCUAGAAGUGUUCAACAGAGGCCAUCCAACCAAAACUGUGACACCAUUUGAAAUGAGCAAUCAGACAUAUGUCACCGAAUUCAUCUUCCUGGGAUUUUCAAAUCACUCCAACUUGCAGGGCGUCUUCUUCCUGGUUUUCCUGGUCAUUUACCUGACGACUCUCCUGGGCAAUGUGCUCAUAAUAAUGGCCACAAGAGUCAGCCCAGCUCUCCACACACCAAUGUAUUAUUUCCUCAGCAACCUGAGCUUCUUGGACAUCUGCUACACAUCUACCACCAUCCCAGUCAUGCUGGUGAACUUCUUCCGGGAGAAGAAGACCAUCUCCUAUGAAGGCUGCCUUUCUCAGAUCUUUUUCUUUGUGACAUGUGCUGGGGUGGAAUGUGUCUUGCUGGCCGCCAUGGCUUAUGAUCGCUAUGUGGCCAUUUGCUGCCCUCUUCAAUAUCCAGUACUCAUGAGUGUGAAGGUCUGUGUUUGCCUGGUCACUGGGUCCUGGCUAUGUGGGCUGGUGAAUUCUGUGACACACACAGGGCUGGCAGCCACACUCACUCUAUGUGGGCCCAACGAGAUCAGCCACUUUCUCUGUGACAUCCCACUGCUCCUGAAGCUGUCCUGCUCAGACACUUCUGUCAAUGAGUCUGUGCUCCAUGUGGCCAGUGCCACCAUUGGCCUGAGCCCCUGCCUGUUUACUGCCGGGUCCUACGUACUCAUCAUCUCGGCCAUCCUUAGGAUCCCUUCUGCUCAAGGCAGGAGCAAGGCCUUCUCCACCUGUGCCUCCCACCUGACCGUGGUGGUGAUCUACUUUGGAACAGCCAACUUCAAUUAUGUCAGGCCCAGUGAAGGGUAUUCUCUGGACAUGGACAUCCUGGUCUCUGUUCUCUUCUGUGUGGUGACCCCCAUGUUGAACCCCAUCAUCUACAGCCUGCGAAAUAAGGAGGUCAAGGGUGCCUUAAGGAAGUUGGGUAGAGUGUUUGUAUUCCCUGACAAUAUCAGUGUCUAG